CCUAACCGGAAACCCUCCCUGACUGACAGCUCUGGGGACCAAUCAACGCAUCGGAUCUGUUCUGUGUCGUAUUUCUGCUGACGUGGAGGCCGGAAGUGCAGCUCCUCUAGUCUUCCGGGUGUGAGAGCAGCUGAGGUUGUUUUGGAUCCGUGAUGGCGGAGGAUCCAGCUCUGAGUCUCCGGGUCUCGGAGAUCAGGGACCCGGCGGCCCUGUUCGAGCGCUACAACACGGCGGAGAUCCGCCUGGUGGAGCGGAAGGUCCGCGGGGAGAUCGAGCAGAAGAAGGAGGAGCUGCGGCAGAUGGUCGGGGAGCGCUACCGGGACCUGAUCGACGCGGCGGACACCAUCGGAGAGAUGAAGCAGCGCUCCGAGAGCCUGGUCCGGUCCAUCCGGGACAUGGACCGGUACUGCCACGCGCUCCGGACCGGGAGGCAGGCUGGGACCAGCUGCAGGCAGGAGAACCAGAAGCAGUGGCAGGAGAAGUUCUACACCAUGGCGUCCCAGAUCAAGCUGCUGCUGGAGAUCCCUGAGAGGAUCUGGAGCUCCAUGGAGGCGUGCCAGUACCUGCAGGCCACCCAGCUCUACCUGCUCUGCUGCAGCCUGCACAGCCUGCUGCAGCUGGAGGCCGGCGGGGGCCUGUACAGCCCCGUCCUGGCCCGCUUCCCCAUCCUGGUCCGCCAGGUCGCCACCACCGCACACUUCAGGUCCACCAUCCUGCUGGAGAGCCGCUCUCUGCUGCAGGGCCGUGCGGUGUCGGACCAGGCCAUCGCCGAGGCCUUGGUGUCCACCAUGCUGCUGGAGGACUCCUCGCCACGCCAGGCCCUGGCCGACUUCCUGCUGGCCCGCAAGGCCUCCAUCCACCAGCUGCUCAACCAGCCGCAGCACGGUGCAGGGAUCAAGGCCCAGGUGUGCAGCCUGGUGGAGCUGCUGGUCACCACUCUGUUCCAGGCCUACGCUGUGUUCUACCUGCCCCCUGAGGGCCGGCCGGGGGACGGGGCCCUCAGCUGUGGGAUGCUCUUCUCCACCCUGGAGAACGUCACCUCCACCACAUACGCAGCUAAAGAGCGGAGGGUUCUGCAGGAGGAGACCAGCACCAGCAGCUGGUUCAGGUUCCUGCCGUCCUCCAUCACGGAGUUCCAGCCGGCCCUGCGGAGCCUCGGCCAGCCCAUCCAGAGGGAGACGCUCCGGGACACGCUGCAGCACUGGAUCACCACCUGUAAGGAGGAGAUCUGCCGGGGCGUGGGCAGCCUCCUGGUCUACGUGAGGAGUCUGAAGGGUCUGGCAGCCAUCAGAGACGCUGUGUGGGACCUGCUGUCCUCCGACUCCAUCAGCCUCCACUGGACCUCCGUGUGUCAGAGGCUGCUGGAGCGCCCCCUGCUGGUCUGGGACGACUUCCUGCAGCAACUCUUCCUGCAGCGCCUGCAGGCCAUCACCAAAGAGGAGACUGAAGCCAUCUCCUCCAGCUCCGUGCAGCUCCUCUCCUCCGCUGUGAGGGACCUGGAGACCCUCCAGGCCGCUCCGGGGGCCCCCCCCGGGUCCUGCCGGGGCUCCCAGUACGAGGUGGACGUGGCGUCCUUCCUGUGGUCGGAGGCCCCGGGGGACCUGCUGAGUGAUGCCGGCUGGGUCAGUGUGAGCCAGAGGGGGCAGCAGCACCAGAGGAGCAGCCUGGCCAUGAAGACCCAGGCCCUGACGCCCUGCGUCCAGAACUUCUGCUCCUCCCUCGAUGCUAAGCUAAAGGCUAGGCUGGACGACCUGCAGUUCUACCUGCCCUCCCAGGACGCAGGCUCUGACUCCGUCUCAGCCUCCUUUGGACCCACAGAGACCUCCUCCUCAGCCUCCUCAGCCUCCUCAGCCUCCUCCUUUAACCGCUUCACCGACUCCCCGGCGGUGGAGGAGGCGCUGCGUGAAGGCUGCGUGGCGUGCGUCCGCCACAUCCUGUCCUCGGUCCGCUCUGAGCUGGCUGCUGCUUCACCUGAGCCCACCUCCACCUGCAGCUCCACCCGCCUCAGCUCGGUCCUGUUCAUGGCCCGGCUCUGCCAGUCCCUGGGGGAGCUCUGCCCCAACCUGAAGCACUGCAUCCUGGGAAAACAGAAGGGCUCCGAGGCCCUGCCGAGGGGGACGCCCCGGCAGGGCAAGAAGCUAGGCAAAGCCCGGGGGGCCGCCCCGGAGGUCAGCCCUGCCCAGGCCAAGUGGGCGGGGCUGAGGGAGGAGCUUAUCGCCUGCAGCAUGGAGGCGUACCGCAUCUGGAGCUCCGCCCUCUCCAAGAUGCUGCUGGAUAAGUUUGGUGCAGCGCUGCAUGCAGAGUCUGCCGGCUCCAUCCUAACAACAGCCACCAACUGGGAGGACCUGGAGAUCCAGGAGGAGGCCGAGUCGGGGAGCAGCGUCACCUCCAAGAUCCGUCUUCCAGUCCAGCCGUCGUGGUCGGUGCAGGCGCUGCUGUUCCAGCUGUGCGUGGCGGUGAACCGUGUGGGGGGCCACGCUCUGCCCCGGCCCACCCUGCAGGAGCUGCUGCAGGCCUGCCUGGCCCAGGCCCUGGACCACUACCACAGCCUGAGCCAGCAGCCCCCCCCCACGGACGUGUUCCCCAUGACCCAGAACAGAGCUCUGCAGCUGCUCUUUGACCUGCGCUACCUCAACACCACGCUGGGCAGCAGACUGGAGGAGGCCAAGACCUCCAGGCUCCACCAGGACCCCAGAUUCCAGGAGGCGUGUGAUUGGCUGGAGGGCUUCAUCGACCCGUUUGAUCUGGACGUGUUCACUCCUCCUCUCAACACCAACCUGAGCAGGCUGAGCCAGAGGAGCUCGGUGCUGCUGGGGCUGCUGACGGGCUCAGAGAAGCAGUUCUCCUCCAGGAGCAGCAGUGUGAACUCUCAGGAGCCGUACAACAUCCUGCCGCUGGCCAGCAGCCACACCAGGUUUGGGCUGCUGCCUCUCAGCAUGACCAACCAGCGGAGAGCCAAGUCUGGAUCCAGCACCAGGAGCUGUGAAGCUCCUCAGCUGCAGAGCCGGCCGUCCUCCUCAGCCGACAGCGAGGAGCGGUUCCGGCCCGGCAGUCUGUUCAGACAGCUGGCGGACCAGGAGGAAGACUCCGCCGCACCUUCCUUAUUCAAGCUCAGCUGGCUGUCUGGAGGCGGGAAAUAACCCUGCACCGCUCCACGCCUUCCUUUCAUUCAGCAGGAAAUUCAUAUGUAUAGUAAAAGAAUAUUUGUCUUUCAACAAUGUGUCUUGUGUGUUUUAAUUAA